UGUGGGAAUUCUGCUAGUAAUAAUGUGGAAAGCUAUUGGUUGGCGCCAACUAUGAAGCUUCCGUAACUAUUAUUGUGUUUUGUGUAAAUUUGUCCAACCCUCACAAAGAUUUCCUUCUUCUGUUAAUUUUUGCCAGUACAAUGGAAAAAUUAGCAGAAAACCAGCCUCCUACUAAAAAACUUAAGCAAGCAAUACUGCCCUUUUUUAAGACCGCCAUGGUAGCAAAGGAUCCUGUCAAAAUAAAUCCAAUAGGUCAAGGUAAAAAGAGACGGAACUCUAAUUCACUGGAAUCACCUACCAAAUCUGGAAAGACUAUUAUUAAACCUCUGGCUGCCCUUGGAAAUGCUGAGUCACCAAAUUCUAAAGCCUCCAAGAUCAGAAAAAUAUCAUUUGGAGAUGAUAAUGGUAAUGAAGUCAGUUCUAGCUCUGAGGCAGAAGCAGCUGUGGGGAAAGCUGCUAAUGGUAAAUGCUGCUUAUUGGAUAGGUUUGUGAAGAUCCUUCCUCCAGAUACACACCAGGAAAUUUCUUCCACUAAUGAAGGACUUGAAAUGUCAGUGGAGGUUGAAGCACCUAGUGAAAAUCAAAAUGACAGUUCAGAAGAAAAAAGCUCAAAUGCAGCAUUGGAUUCUUCAAUCUUGCAAGACGAUUGCAUAAUAAUUGAUGAUGAUUCUGCUAAUACAGUGAUCUCGGAUAAAAAAGUUAGUAUCGAAUGUAGUGAAACUCAAGAGGCUUCUCCCUCUGAAGAUCUAGUGAAGAAACCUACCAGUAUUGUUAAUAAAAAGGGGAAAAGCCCUGUCCAGAAAAGUCAGGGGGCUAAGAAAUCACCAGGUUCAGCUGGUAAAUCUAAAGGUGGUAAAAAGUGUGCAAUUAAAGAAGUAUCUCAGUCUGUUGUACCCACUGAUAAAGAAAAUCCUAAUCAAAAUGAUACAGUUGAGGCUGAGGACGAUAAUUUGGACCAAUCUGUUAACAACUCAUUUAGCUCAGAAAUUUGUUCAACACCUUUCAAAGAUUGUGAUCAGUCCUUAUCUGAGACUGAAGGAACACCAGGAUCUUCUAUACUUAAAACACCUAAAACACCAAUGAGCUCUGCUAAAAGGAGAAAGAUUGAUUCAACCAAAAAAGCUGAAAAAGAAAAAAUUAAAGCAGAAAGGGAAAAAGAGCGGCUGGAAAAAAAAAGAAAAUUGGAGGAAGAAAAAGCAGAAAAGGAAAGAAUUAGACUGGAGAAAAAAGAGGCAAAAGAAAGAGAAAAGCAAGAGUUGAAGGAAAAAUUAGAAAAAGAAAAACAGGAAAAGGAAAAAGCCAAGGAAGAAGAGCGUAAAAGGAAAGAAGAUGAGAGAUUAAAAAAAGAAGAAGAUAAAAAGAAACGUCAAGCUGCUUUAGAUGCUAAGAAUGAAGAGAAAAAAAAGAAAGAAGAAGAAAGAAAGCAAAAAGAAGAGGAAAAGAUCAGAGAGGAAGAAGAAAAGAGAAAGAAAGAAGAGAAAACAAAGCAAGUUUUCCAAAAGUUUUUUAUCAAGCCAAAAGACACUCCAUCUAAACAAGUGUCACCAAAGCCUGCUCCAGGAUUCUUUAUACCCUUUGAGGUGAAAAAAGACAUGCACCUAGCACCUGCAGUUAGAGGAGAUGCUCUAACAGAGGAGAAAAAGACAAAUCUUGAUCAAAUUAUUAACAGCACUGAGAGCUGUGUAAAGACAUAUCUGCAGCAGUUAAAAUGUAAAGAAAUAAUACCCAAAAGAACUGGGAGAAUAUUGCGCAAAAAUCCUCAGCCAGCUGAAGAUGUUGAAAUUAUUCAUGAUUCUGAAGCACUUAAAAAAGCUCUGCAUCAGGUAAAAUUACUUCAGUUUCACACUGAUUAUCGCCCACCUUAUUAUGGUACAUGGAGGAAACAGCCAAAACUUAAUCCAAGGAACCCAUGGAAAAAAGAUGAGUCCUUGUUCGACUAUGAAGUUGACAGUGAUGAUGAAUGGGAAGAAGAGGAACCAGGAGAAAGUUUGUCUUGUUCUGAUGGAGAAGAAGAAAAGGGAGAGGAUGUUGAUGAGGAUGAAGAUGAUGGAUGGAUGGUCCCACAUGGUUAUCUAUCAGAAGAUGAAGGCUGUAAUGAAGAUGAUGAGAUCACUCCAGAGAAGUUGAAGCUUCAACAGCUUGCUAAAGCAAAAGCUUGGGAAGAUGAACAAAAGAGGAAACUUCAAGUAGCACCACUUAUCACAGUUGGCUGUUUCUUUCAGCACUGGCCAAGUGCUUCUAUGUCUGGGGAUGUUAGGCUCUUGUAUGAAUUUAAGGCUGUCGUGCUUGCUGCUAGUACUCCCAUCCCAACUAGUCUAAGUGGCUCUAUAGAACCAGAAAAAGAAGAAACAGCAACAGAAGGAGUCACAACCACACCACUAGCCAAAGGAUUUAAAACUAAAGCUGUUCCAGAUGAAGCAAUGCCAUAUCUGAUUCGUUUGGUUCACGGCAAUGUAUCUGGAAUAAAAAGAUUAAUCAGAGAAUUCCGUGUUUUCUGGUUGAAGCAGACUAAUGAAUCACUUUCUCAGUCUGAUGCUCCAGCUCAAAAUGAGAAAGUAGAUGAAAGUGUUCAAGAUUGUGAUACUUCAAUUCUUAAUGAAUCUGUCAAUGAAGUCUGUAAUCCGGGUGAUGGUGAGGAGAAAGGUUCCUCUAAAUCUGGGGAAGAUGAUAAAAAGCUGGAUGAAGGCUAUGGCUGUAGUAUAUCUAAGCGUCAACUUGACUUGAAAAUUACAAAAAUGGCUGUGCGAGAAAAACGAGAAGGGUUUAAAAGAAUAUGCUGGUAUGUCCAUGAUCACAUUUUGAGCCAGUUUAAUAUGUCUGAUAUUAAAUUGCCCAACUCAUGGGUUUACGUCUCUUCAUCUGCUCCCAAAGCAGCUACACCUAACAUUAAUAAAUCUGUCAUUAAGAAUGAAACUGAAACCACAGAGGCUGAAAAACUGGAAGAAACUCCUAUAAAGGCUACACCAAAAGAUCAAAGAUCUAUUAUGGACUUCACACUUACAAAGGAAGAACUUCUUAAAAACCAGCCCUCUAAACCUGCUGAAAUAACUCCAGCUAAAGCUAAUUUGGUUUCACAAGAAACUCCAAAAGAAAAUAAAAAACCCAACAGCCAAAGAUCUAUAAUGGAAUUUGCCAAAAAAGCAAACAGUAGCCAUAACAAGGGCAAAUCAUUACCAAACAAAGCCAAUGAUUUGACCAAUCUUAAUGUUUCAACAAUUGAAGUUAUCAAUGUUGAUUCAAACUCCUCAUCUGAUGUCAUCUGCAUUGAUCAAUAUGCUAAAGACUCAUCAACAGCUCAUAAUUCUUUAGACACACCCACUUUGUCAUCUUCCACUAUCAAUUCUACUGAACAGAUGGAAGUAGACCAACAGCCAUUAUAAACAUCACUUAAUUGGAUCAAGUUUAAUAUUUAAAUAUAUAUGGAAAUAGCUAAUUAAAGAUUUUCAUUAACCUGUAAUUAUUUCAUGAGUGUGCUUGUAUUAUGAAUAGACUUGUAAAUUGUUAGAGAGAAAUGGUUUUUUUAGUGGGUAAAUGAGUUUAAUUGUAGUGAUUGAUUUUUAAAAAAAAAAUGUUGUGUAGUGAAUUUGUAAUAGAUCUCAAACAUUUUAUAGUUGACCAUUUUUGUCUUGUUCGAAACUCAUAAAGAAAUACAAAUGUAAAUAGUGUUAUGAUGAAGAAAGUUAGGAACAGUAAAAGUGCUUUGGUUUUUUAAGAGCUUUUUCUGCCAAAAAAAAAGAAAAAUUACAUCUG